AUGGCUAGGCGCAGCGCGACACCCUCGGCGGCGGCGACCGGUUCGUCGACCUCUGUCCUGACGACAUCGACGACGACGACACCUGCUGCCGUCCCAGCGGCCAAGCCCGCGGCCUCGAGCUCGUCGUCCUCCUCCUCCGGCUCUGGCAAUGCCCUGCAGAACGUCGUCGACAACCUGCUGUCGCACUACCAAAAGGCGACCCCCCAGCGGACGAAGCUGCUGGACGCCUUCAUGGCCUUUUUGGUCGCCGUCGGCGCACUGCAGUUUGUCUACUGCGUCCUGGCUGGCAAUUAUACUACCGAGGCCAACAAGUCCGACUUCCCCGCCGUCUCGCCCGAGAGAGCGUUUGCCGACUAUGUGGUGUGCAGCCUGAUACUGCACUUCUUCUGCGUCAACUUUAUCAACUAA